CCCAGCCAGUCACACAUACUCUUCCUACAACCCCAGACAUUCAGAUGCUCAUUAGCAAAUAUUGAUGGUUCUGUACUUUACGUGGAGAUCAGAGAGAGGGUGAAGGCUGGGACUAGACUGGAUUUACACAGGGGAAAUCCACACUGAGGAAUAAGUUUUCUUACAGGAUUGGACUGGAAAGAACUUUCUUAAUUCCCUCCUUGUGUCUUGGCCAAUCACACCAUCUUUACUCUGAGCUGAGCUGAGGUUCUGAGCUGAGGUCCAACCAGAUUUGUGAAUGAAUGAGUGGGUGGGCCACAACGUCAAUGUGGUGGGACUACUACAGAUCCCUCCCAACGAUGGAUUCCCACUGUCUGAGAGCUCACACUUCUUUGAUAUUCUGUCAGAACAAGGGAGCCCUCUGCUCCAAGACCAGGAAGUCUUACCCUUCACCAGCUAUCCCAGCAUGCAAUACCCCUCGGUGGAGCCCUCCCCACCAUACUACUCCAGUCAGAACUACUACCCCCAGUACAACGCUGAUGAGUGGUACUCACCCACAGGGAUGUAUGAACUGAGGAAAGGACCCCUAGAGGGCACUUAUAAUGCUGAAAUGGAAGAGGCGUCCACCAUAGUGCCUGCGGUGUGCAAUAGGACCCGGCACACAUCCCACACAGGCAGUGUCAAAGGGGAGGAGCUGUGUGUGGUGUGUGGGGACAAGGCAUCCGGGUAUCACUAUAAUGCUCUCACCUGUGAGGGGUGUAAAGGCUUCUUCAGACGGAGCAUGACCAAGAAAGCUGUGUACAAGUGCAAGAAUGGAGGGACCUGUGAGAUGGACAUGUACAUGCGGAGGAAGUGCCAGGAGUGUCGUCUCCGGAAGUGCAAAGAGAUGGGCAUGCUGGCAGAGUGUCUGCUGACAGAGAUCCAGUGUAAAUCUAAAAGGCUGAGGAAAAACCCCAAGGUCUCACCAGGACAGUCCACCGGGGACGAGACAGAGGGGGGAGACAACGGAGACACCAAACAGGUCACCUCCACCACCAAACUGUCAAAGGAGAAUCUUGAACUCAGUCAAGAGCAGCAGGCUCUCUUGAGCUUCAUUGUAGAAGCUUAUCAGAAACAUCGAAUUCCUCAAGACAUGGCCAAAAAACUGCUACAAGAGCAGUUCAAUGCAGAAGAGAACUUCCUUCUUUUGACCGAGAUGGCCACCAGUCAUGUUCAAGUGCUGGUGGAGUUUACCAAAAACAUUCCAGGUUUCUCAGCCCUGGACCAUGAGGAUCAGAUCGCACUGUUGAAGGGCUCGGCAGUGGAGGCCAUGUUCCUGCGUUCAGCACAGGUGUUUACCAGGAAGCUACCCCAUGGACACACAGAGGUGUUGGAGGACAGGAUACGCAAGAGUGGCAUAUCAGAGGAGUUUAUUACACCCAUGUUCACCUUCUAUAAAAGCAUCGGGGAACUCCAGAUGAUGCAGGAAGAACACGCCCUCCUCACCGCCAUUACCAUCCUGUCACCAGACCGGCCGUACGUGAAGGGCCAGCAGGCGGUGGAGAGGCUACAGGAGCCCAUGUUGGAGGUGCUCAGGAGGUUCUGUGCAAUGCAGCACCCGCUGGAGCCCCAGCACUUUGCCCGUCUCCUGGGCCGUCUGACUGAGCUGCGGACACUCAGCCACCACCAUGCUGAAAUGCUCACCUCCUGGCGCAUGAGCGACCACAAGUUCACACCCCUCCUCUGCGAGAUCUGGGACGUACAGUAAAUGGUACACAGAGGCUGCAUGGAUGGAUGGAUGGAUGGAUGGAUGGAUGGAUGGAUGGAUGGAUGGAUGGAUGGAUGGGCGGAUGGAUGGACGGAUGGAUGGACGGAUGGACGGGCGGAUGGAUGGAUGGAUGGAUGGAUGGAUGGAUGGAUGGAUGGACGGACGGACGGAUGGAUGGAUGGACGGAUGGGUGGACGGAUGGAUGGAUGGACAGAUGGAUGGACGGACGGAUGGGUGGGUGGAUGGACGGAUGGAUGGAUGGACGGAUGGAUGGACGGACGGAUGGGUG